GCUGGUCUCCGUCCCCCCCCCAGGAGAGACGGGCCUCAGGGCAGUGCCAGGCCGGGGCUGAGGCGCAGAGGGGGCGCGCAGGUGGCGGAGGUGCAGGUGGUGGUGCUCCUUGAAGUCCUGAGCUGGGGUCAGCUGGAAGAUGACCGAAUAUAAGCUAGUGGUGGUGGGAGCUGGUGGUGUUGGGAAGAGUGCUUUGACAAUACAGCUCAUUCAGAACCAUUUCGUUGAUGAGUAUGACCCCACGAUAGAGGAUUCCUACAGAAAGCAAGUUGUCAUUGAUGGAGAGACCUGCUUGUUAGACAUCUUGGAUACGGCAGGGCAAGAGGAGUACAGUGCCAUGAGAGACCAGUACAUGAGAACGGGGGAAGGAUUCCUCUGUGUCUUUGCCAUCAACAACACCAAGUCCUUUGAAGAUAUUCACCAGUACAGGGAGCAGAUCAAGAGGGUGAAAGACUCAGAUGAUGUUCCCAUGGUGCUGGUGGGAAAUAAGUGUGACCUGCCAGCCCGGACAGUGGAGACCCGGCAAGCGCAGGACCUGGCCCGGAGUUACGGGAUCCCCUACAUAGAAACGUCUGCCAAAACCAGACAGGGUGUUGAAGAUGCCUUCUACACCUUGGUGCGGGAGAUCCGUCAGCACAAGCUGCGCAAGCUGAAUCCCCCAGAUGAGAGCGGCCCCGGCUGCAUGAACUGUAAAUGUGUGAUAUCGUGACUCCGGUGAGUGCUGGAAGCAGGGGAUGGCGUGCAGAGGGUACCACUGUGCC